AUGGAUCAACAACAUUCCUCCGGGCACGUAACAGUGCCACGCGACUUUUGCUACGCCGUCGCGCUCGAGUUUCCCGACGCCAGCGAAGGACCAAAGACGCCCAUCAACCCAAAAGAUGUCGACUUUCCCCAAAUUCCUUCGCCUCCCAGACCUCGUCUCAAAGUCAAGAGACGCACCACUUCGAGCCAGCUCGCCGCCUCACAGCAAUUCCUGGCUUCAGUAGCAGCAGGAGACCUUGCCGUCCCCAGCAUCGAAGAGCCAGAAUCAGACCCAGAAGACUUCACCAUGCGUCCCUUUUCCUCAGAACCCUAUCAAGACUCCCUUUCUUUGCAAAUCCCACGGGCAAGGGCAUAUUCAGACGCAGGACCAAAGACACCAGUGCCAACAACCAUGGCACUACCACCAUUAACACCCUGUCGAUAUCCGGAUUGGACGGUGGGUUCGACCAGCAGUUUCGAGUCAACGCCCGAGGACGACGACGACAUAAGCAGGCCAUCAACGUCCCAAUCCACCCAGACCAGCGACUCCUUCCCGAGCCAAUGGUCCCACCUCUCCGAAGAAGACGACUCCGAUGAAUGUGAUUUUGAAAGUGCCUCCCUCGACGGCAAGGACACUCUGCAUUAUUUUAGCACAACAGACCUUGUUGACUUUGGCGACGAGCCAACAGAGACCCUACAACCAUCAUUUACCACCACCACCCCCAAGGAAACCAACCCCAAACCGAAACCAUCAAGAAAGAAAAUCCCCUGGACAAAACCGAUGAAUGACCACCUAUGGUCUUACUACUCGCUGUAUCUGCAAGACCCCAAAGUUACCCCAUUCCGCAUGGGCAAGAACUGUAUUCCACCAGAAGGCGUGUGCGCGCGGGUUGCUCGCGAAGCCAUUCGCACCUGGCGGGGGUCAAAAGCUCAAAAGAGCACUGUCGGCGAGAUCGCCGAAGGGGCUGGGACGUUCAUGCGCUGGCCGCACACGCAAGCAGCUACAAGGGCACAGCUAAGAGAGUUAUGUCGUCAAAAGGCGGCAGCGGCAGCUAAGAACCACCGCUUCCUCUCUAGAAGCGUAACUCCCAUGCAAUCUGUCCAGACACCCAGAGCCCAGGGACGGUUUGCAACGGGUGACAUGUCCAUGUCUCUUACGUUGUCUACAUCAGAGCACAUGCAACCGCAAGGUCCGUUGGCGCAGUUGACGAGGUCAAGUCUAAGCAUCUUCGAAGCUCUAGCACCACCUCUAGAGCCCAUUCCGAUUCCACAACGGCAACCAAACCACGUGGACCAGGGGCCAGAACGAGGCCGUCUUGGCUCGCCAUUAUUCGGCCCUCAACCCAUGACAAGUGGAGAAGCAGACGACCAAGAACCACCCCAACCGCGAAGUUAUGGCCCUUCCUCCUCUGCCUCUCUAGCGGCUGCAAUCGGCGCCAUCACCACGCGGAAAAGGGGCCAGACAAUCUCGCAUUCCCUCCCGGGUCAACAGAGCCGGCCAACAACAGGCAGACUGCAAAGCCCAGUGAGACUCGGCAGAUCUAGCGCACCUGGGAAGCGAAGAAAUACCCACUCCCAAGGGGGCGAUCACAGGAAGAAGACUGCUCCUGCUCCUGCUCCCGAUUCUGUAGCAUCAGCAGCAGUAGACACCAGACCACAGACAGAAGAAGGAGCCACCACCAGCACGACCAGAGGCCGAAGAUCAACGGAAUUCAGCUCAACACUAGGCCACCGCUUCGACGAGUUGUUUAUUCCGCGAUCUACUUCAACCGGUACUGGUGCUGAUCUCACACACGCUGCCCCCAUCCCUUCUGAACCCCAAGGACUCCCAAGCUCCAUCAGCAUGCCAGCAAUCCUCGGUCUAACUCCCCUUCAUAUCGCGCAACCACAGCCACAGCCACAACCACAACCACAAUCGCAACUCGAAGAGCCGACCGUCCAACAACCACUUGCCAGACUGGGAUCGCCGUUGAGCUUCACCUCUACGUCAAGCUUCUCUGCUACUCGCCACAACCACAACCACAGUCACAUUCGAAGACCGGGGCAUGGGCAGAGUGUGGAUUUGGGCAUGCUUGGUCGUGGACCAGCUGCCGUGAUGCAGCAGGCUACGAACCAGGGACAGACCCGUGGCGGAAGAAGGAGUCAGGAGCGGAAGUCAAGUGAAGUCCAAGGACCUCGACCGGAGCCUAGCAGGACGAAUACGGGGAGUAGUAGCGGAAGUGGAAGUGCAAGUGGAAGCGGAAGCGGAAGCGGAAGCGGAAGCGGAAAUGAGACGGAAACAGGUGGGCGAAGCGGGAGGAUGGCGGAUUUGAGGCAGCGGUUGAGGGAAUUUAGUCGCCGGAGGGGAGAAAGUGGUAGGAGGAGGUCUGGAAGCCCUUUUUAG